GCUACCGGCGGUAACUGCGCACUCACGUCGAGCAGUAGUGCAAAUAUCAGAGCUGGUCGACUUCGAGCGUGUUCUGCUCUGCACCACCCACACCACACACACACACACAAUGUCCCUCGGCACCCUCCCAAAAGUAACAGCCUACGCCGUCACCGACGCCGACUCGCCCGCGAUCCGCGACCUCGCCGCGCAGCAGGAAUCCGCGGCGCGCUUCAGCACCUUCUCGGCCGACGCCGCAUGGGAGGUGGGGAGCGCGAUCCGCGCCGCGUUCCUCGAGCGCCGCGUGGGCGACCAGGGCGUGAUCAUCUCCAUCGAGCUGUUUACCGGCCACAGGCUGUUCUCGGCUGUUGUUGGCGCGCCGCCUGUUGUCGGGCCUGAUAACUGGGCAUGGGCUGCCGCCAAGCUCAACGUUGUGCGCCGCUUCGGCGUGUCCUCGCUGCGGAAGGGGCGCGAGUUCGCCGCGCAGGGCCGCACGCCCGAGGCCAAGGGGCUGCACUUUCCCGAGUAUGCGUGCCAUGGUGGUGGCUUCCCCAUCUACCUCGCCAACAACGACUCGGGGCCCAUCGGCGCCAUUGUCGUGUCUGGCCUGCCCCAGCUCGACGACCACCAGCUCAUCGUCGACGCGCUCGCGUCGCUGCCCCACCUCCUGGCCAAGUAGGCAGGCAGGGCUAGACUAGCAGCGUGUCCACUCAGUGCGUCGCGCACGGGUUUAGCUUCCAUUAUGCAUAGAGUC